AUGCAGGUCGACGUGACCGAGAUAACCAAAGACAUUGAUGAGGCAAUCGGGGACCUGCGGCGGCGCUACCUGGAGUGCGAGGACGUGAUGGGAGGAUGUGAAAGCCCCGUUCUGUUAGAAUUCCUGACGUUGUAUGGGAGGGGUGGGUCAAAGAGAGUGAAGGUGCAUGUAGUCGACUGUGAAGGACAGCCCGUAACUCACGUGGACGUGCUAUACGAGAUGAAGCUGGACGGGCACGUGUACGGCAACAACUAUGCGGAAUGUGUUAACAAGCUGAACUUCCACCUUUCCGAUCUCCGCAAGUUGGCACCAACGAAGCUGUUCUGCGCAUCAAAGUGGCCAAAGCAACUGCAGCUUCGCGGGCGCAAGACGGUGGCCGAACAUCAUGCGGAUGUGGCAAGCUACAGCCAUGAUGCCGCUGUCCACAGUUCAAUGCGAGCGUGGAUUCUCACGCUAGAACGUGAUCAAGUCCUGGGUGAGAGGCGCGCUGGGCAACGCGCACCUGGCGGAGCUGAGACCCUCGCCAAAUGGCGCGAGAAGCCAAGGCGCCCUGCCAAGUCACCUGCCUUCGCUGCAGCAGAGAGGAAGCGCAAGGGGAAGGCGCUGAUGGACGACCAGGAACGGGAGAAGGUAGUGCACGGGUUUGACUGGUAUCAGAAGGAGUCAGAUGAGGACGAUGAGGAGGCCUAUGCAUACGAGGACCCCACCACUGAUGGGGCCACGGACGACAACCCUUUUCACUCAGACGAUGAGGGAGAGGAUGUUGAGGAGAUAGAUAUGGUUCAGCCACAAUUUUAG